AUGUAUGGUUGCAUCGUGCAAGCAUACAAACCCGCCUCAAACAAUAGAGAAUCUCUUUUCAAUCAAUACCAAGAAGCUAAAAGGAAGGACAUAGAACGUGCAUUUGGAGGUCUAAAAGGUAAUUUUGGUAUUAUAUUGAAACCUUGUCGUGAUUAUAAAAUAUCGGACAUGAAGGCAGUUAUGAGGGGAUGCUUGAUAAUGCACAACAUGUAUGUUGAGAUGGAAUAUCACAAUGCGGAUUGGGGUAGGGUCACGGGAGAUGAACCUCAACCGCCAAUUCAAGGAAACGUAAGGCUAGGUCCUCAUAUAUUGUACAACCCUGCGAUUUGGGGACAACUUCGCUUGGAACUCACUACCCACAUUUGGAACCGACACAGAGAAGGUUUAAGGAAUGGUGAUUUUCCAAACAUGCAUAUGGAGGAUGCCUUGCCGGAAGUUCAUGAGGGUACAACAGACGUGAACACCGAUGAAGACCAAUAUGACCCUCAAGGAGAUGGUGCAUUUUAUGAGAAUGGAGAGUAA